AUGAAGAGGACAAUGAAGAUAGAGCAAGAUAUGGAUGAAAAUGGCCACCGCAAAGGGAAGGGACAUAAUUUUGAUCUGAAUGCAUAUGCAUAUUGUGAAGAUGACAUCGUAGCUUGGAAGUGGAUGUGCGGGGAAAUGGGAGUCGAGGACAGCAAAGCAGACGAAAAAAUGAAUAAUAUGGUUAACGGAGGUGCAAUAGAUGCCGAGAACGUGGAUGAUCAGCAAGAGAUAGACCUGAUGACUAUGAAGUUUGAUACCAUUGAGGAUGCUGAAUGUUUCUAUAACAUAUAUGGUAGGGCCACGGGGUUCAGCAUAAGGAGGGGGUAUGCGAAAAAAGACCCGGAGGACAGCACGACUGUGAGGUAUAGGUCUUGGGUGUGUAGUAGGGAGGGCGAGCGGGAUGAGAAACACAUUCUCCGGAAUGAUCGGAAAAGAGAGGCAAAAGCUGUAACACGGGUGAACUGUGGAGCUUGCCUGAAAAUAAGAUUGGAUGAUAAUGAAGGGAAGUACAUAGUGUCUUGCUUUGCGAAGGAACACAACCAUCAGUUGGGCAAUCAUGCAAGCAUUCCUUUCAUGAGGUCGCACAGGAAGGUGGCAGAUAGCGAUUAUGCUCAAGCGCAUACAUUUCGACGAGCCGGCAUUAGAACAAGUCAAAUAAUGAAGCUUUUUGUGUUGCAAGUCGGAGGAUAUCAGAAUGUGCCCUUCCUUAUAAAAGAUUUGUAUAAUAAGAUGAAUUGCGAGAAGUUGAGAGAGAUAGCUGAUGGAGAUGCAGAAAGGGCUAUUGGGCGCCUGGCUGCAAAGAAAGAGACGGACAACAAUUACUAUUACGAAUACUGUUGUGAUAGCCAAGGACGAUUGACACGGCUGUUGUGGGCUGAUUCAUGGUCUCGGAUGGAUUUCAAGUGCUAUGGGGAUGUACUGGUGUUCGACUCCACGUACAGGACACAGUCUUAUAAGAUGCCACUGGUGGUACUAUGUGGGGUGAACAACCACUACUCAACAGCAAUAUUUGCAUGUGCUUUGAUCGCUGACGAAAAUGAAGAGAGUUAUGAUUGGGUAUUGAAAAGUUUGUUGAGUGCAUGGGCGGGAAGGAGCCAGUUUCAAUUGUCACUGACGGUGACAAGGCAAUGA